GCACAUACCCAUCAAAUUAGAUCAAUUAAAUUCCAUAAAUUCCUUCUUUUCUUCAUAAACCAAUACCAUUUAACCCCACUUCACUUCCGUUCACUGGUUUUUCCCGACCAGACUAGUCCCAUCCUCGCCUUUGAGAUUUUUGUCACUUCUCUCCUUCUCUCUCCUCAUAAACUAAAGUUCCUUCCUUUUCCCCCCUCAUUAAAGAAUCAUUUUCCUAUAUCUUUAAUUGUAUUUGUUCUGCGUCUUCUCUGUAAAUUCUUGAUCCUGCUCACUUUUCUUUGGGCAAAGGAAUUCUCCCCCGUGAUCUGCCUAUAAAUCUACUAAGCUGCUCAUCAUAUACACGCACAGAGGACAACGUCACACAAUUAAAAAAGAAACUAAGGUCAAUGGAUAUGAUGGCAACCGAACGUGUUUGUUAUGUUCACUGCAACUUCUGCAACACCAUCCUAGCGGUACAUGUUCCAUGCAGCAGUUUUCUUACCGUAGUGACGGUUCGAUGUGGGCACUGUGCUAAUUUACUGUCAGUCAACGUAGGAGCAUCUCUCCAAACAUUCCCUCCUCAAGAGCUUCAGAAACAGCACCUAGGCCUUGAAGAACCAAGCAACAGAGAAGAGGAAUCAUCUUCAAAAUGCAGUAAACUUUCUGCAUUUGAGUCUGCAGAGCACCAACAACAUAGAAUUCCUCCCAUUCGUCCCCCUGAGAAGAGACAACGAGUUCCUUCUGCUUAUAACAGGUUCAUCAAGGAGGAAAUCCAAAGGAUUAAGGCUAGUAAUCCAGAUAUCAGCCACAGGGAGGCAUUCAGCACAGCCGCCAAAAACUGGGCACAUUUUCCUCAUAUUCACUUUGGAUUAAAGCCGGAUGGCAACAAGCAAGCAAAUUUGGACCCGCAGGAAGAGGGAAGUCAAAAAUCUAAUGGCCUUUAUUGAUGAUGAUGAUGAUAUCAAGAUGGAAGCAUGUAAGUAUCUGCUAGAAUUUUAUAUGCUUGACCUGAACCAGUAAAAAGUGAUGAGGUUGAUCAAAUUUCCCAGUCACAUAUAUACACAACUGGAUAUGGUAGGCCUCUCUUCUGGAAACCCCGAUCGAUCCAUCAGCCUCGCCCAUGAAUGUGUUUAAGAGCCAAUUAAGUAACGUCUGAAAUUUAUUAUGCGUAUCUGUGUUGCGUUUUCAACUUGUUAUGAACGAUUUCUAUUAUUGUGAUUGCGUUUAUUGUAUAUGUUGAACUUAAGCGAGCAAUACGUUCCUGAAACGAUUCUCCUCGUCAGUAAUAAUAUUUCCCUUUAUCUUAUCUCAAUAAUAAUCUGUAGUCCUUUCUGCCAA